AUAUCUAUUUAGGACACUGUUAUUUUAUACAAAUCAUACUAUCUUUCGAUUUAACACUACUUUUAUUCUUGAAUACUUACCAAACUACAGCUAUACCCAACACUUACACCAGGAAAGACCUGCAUACAAAAUGGACACCCUGAAAUCCACCGCCUCAUCCCUCACCGGCAACGCAAGCAGUAGCAACCAGAGUUCAAACGAAAGCACCAACCCCAACACCAGCACCCACACCGAAGACCAAAAACGCCAUAUCUACGAUAACCUGCCGGCUGACCAGCGCCAGCAACAGACCUACGCCGAAUGGGUGAAAGAGGUCUACCACGAUCAAUACGAGAAGUGGAUGCCGUGGCUGGAAGACCAGUAUCUGAAGUGGUUCGGGAAGGGCGAUAACAAAGCAUCUUAUGUGACGAAGGACACCCUCUCCAAAUCGAAAGUCAGCGGAGUCAAACAAGUCGACCAGAUCCAAGACGACGUGCAUAAUCUCGUGGGGAACCAACUGGGCGAGAACGGGCUUCUAGCGCCGGUCGGGAAUGCCUUCUCGAAAGAGGGCAUCAAUAGGGCCGAGAGGGGCGGGAAGGACGAGAACGGCUCCUAUGGCGGUCCCCUUGGCGGCGUGACCGAUCCCGUGGUUAGUGGUGCUAAGGGCGCCGGGCAGGGCGUUGCCUCGGGGGCUCAGUCGGUGGGGAGCUCCAUUGCUGGGGGAGCGAAGAGUGUGGGGGGAUUGUUUGGUGGGGGAGCGGCAGAGGGGGGGAAGAAGGAGUGA